GCAGGAGAGGCCAGAGGCAAGAGGUCCUGUUGACCAAUACGGGUGUGUCAGGUGGGGCCCAGCAGAUUUGCCAGAGGGGGAGACCGAGGCAACAUUGGAGAAUAUAAAGAGGGAUCUGCUGAACAUCUACUCAGGGGAAGGAAUGAGUGGGGCAGAGAGAGCAGAACCAAUAAUGGAAAAGACAUGCAUCAUCCUGCGGAAAUACCUUAACAAAGUGCCUGCUGCAGCGAUGUCUGAGAUCAAACAGGAAUGGCCAUUUCUCUUCUCUCAGAAAUGCCUAUUCUCGCACUUUAACCUCCUGAUGGACGUUGAUGUCCUUCAGAAGCUACAGGAGGAAAUUAGUCGAAGAGGACAGACCAUCCUGGAUUACUGUGCAACACUGGACAACCCAAAGAUCCGUGAUGUUCUGGCCUGCUAUGAUCCAGACUCUGACAAGGCUGCCUGCAUCCUGCUGCUCCUAAUGUUGUACUUCAAAGAGCCGAAAGAGAGUUUGAUGCUUGAAGUUCAUCCAUGUGCCACUGCUGUGGGCGUCAAUACUGCAGAACUCCCCGGAACCCCGUGCUUGAUCAUUCAAGGUGACAUGAUGAAGCCCUCUGGAUGGCUUAUAUCCAUCGAAGGACAUGUCGUGAUGGGCCCACACCCUUUAUUUUUACAUGGAGUAGCUGCUUUCUUCAGCAGCUAUUACGUAUUCAACCUUGAGUAUCCUACCGCUGGAUCUUCGACACUGGAGUUCAUUCAAAGGUGCUUCCUGGGCAUCAAUCCUGAAAGAGGCUCAAAGACCAAGAAGCGGACAACAAUGAACCCUCAUGUGAGCACCCUUUUGAGGAAACUUAUUGACUUUGAGUGGGCAUCAUAGUUUUUUUUUUUUUUUUUUUUUGCAGCGGUAGUUGUCAGGCUCAGUUUUGAGUAGCCUUGUUCUUUUUGUAAUUUUUCCAGACAACUUUGCACUACAAUGCUGCUGCAUGUGACUCUUGAAGUACUUGGCAUCUGCUAAACAAAUGAAAAUAUUUUUUUCUUAAUAAAUAUGCCAUUGGGCUAACGUUGA